UGUACAAGUUGAAGUUUUCCGUUUUGUAGUCGCUCCUUCAGUAACGCGCUGAUGCGCGGAUCAAACCGGAUUAAAUCGGAGCGCUGGUAAUGCGCGGAUGUGACGUAAGAGUCUCGUCCUGAGUGGCAAUCCUUUCCGGAUGCAUAUAUCCGGUACUUGAAAUAGAUUCCUUAAAGUAGAUAUUUUCCAUUGUCUUGCAUUCAGAAAUGAAGACUUUAAUCCUAAUCAACUGGCUAUCCUUCGUAACCAUCACACUGAUAAUCGAGAAAACAGAAUCACAUGGACCACCAUUAACCGGACCAGAAUUAGAUCGAUAUCUAUCAUCGCAAAAAUCUUUAGACCAUUGUUUACCAAUCAUCUCAGAAUACAUUCAAUAUCGUCAAUCAACUUGGUCAAUCGAUCAAAUUCCUGAAUCUCAACAAAUCUCUUUUGAUCCAUUUGCUCUUUCAACUUCUUAUCAUCAACUACAUCCUCCAAACAUACGUAAUCAAACAUGUGUACUUUCUCCUGUGGUGACUCCUGGUCCUUAUCAUCAUUUUUCUCGUCAUCCGAUUCGACAAAAUUUAGCAGAAUGGCAAGAGGGAUUACUAUUUAUGAUCGAUAUAGGUGUAAUAGACGUAGAAACCUGUGAACCAAUCCCAAACGCAUUGGUCGAUAUCUGGCACGCAAAUGCUACAGGUUUUUAUUCAGGUCAUCCAGUUCGAUCUCCAGAAUUCAUGGAUGAAUUACCACAAGUAGGAGGAAAACGUGCUGGGUUAUUAACUGCUUAUCCUUUAACUCGUGAAGAUGAAACGUUUUUAAGAGCGGCUUGGCCUACCAACUCAAAUGGAGUUUCCAGAUUUACUUCGAUCUUUCCUGGUUAUUAUACUGGUCGUGCUACUCAUGUACAUGCUAAAGUUCAUUUAAACUGGACCGAACAUCAAAACACAACAUCCACCACAUUCUUCACAUCCACUGAAUCUCAAUACAUAGGACAAUUCUUUUUUCCAGAUGAAAUCAAUUUACAGAUUGAUAGAAUGUCACCUUAUAGAUUCAAUCCACUAAAAGAUCGUACAAGAAAUUGGAGAGAUUCUGGAUCUAUCUUUGAUGAAUCUUUUCAAAAUGGAUUUGACCCGAUAUUUGAAAUCAAAAAGUUUGGAAAUAUUUUGAAUCAAGGUUUAGUUGGGUUUAUGACCGUUGGUAUUGAUAGGAGAGCUACCGUUGGAGAAGCCAGAAUUGGUUGAAAUUUUUUCAUUAUCAACUUGCUUCGUGUUGUGGUAUCCAUAUUUGUUUUUUAUGAUUGUUUUACAUUGAGCUUGUAAUUACUUUGUAUAUCUUUCUUGCUUCGUCUUGUUAUUUAUAUAUUGUAAUGUACUAGUACAUCAUUAUAUUUCCGAAGCUUGAACAUCUUUAUUUCUUCACUAUGUAUCUACACGCAUAUAUAAAACAAGAUUUUUGAUCUC